AUUAACAACAGAUGCCAGCUAUAAUCUUCUUCAUCUUCAAUAGAUUAUCAAUCCUCCACCUGUUACUAGAAAAAAAGCCCUCCUGGCCGUCAUCUCAUUCUGUCCCCCUGAAAAUAUCUCCACUGUCACAACCCCAUCCCCUUCACUUCCUCCUCCUCCUCCUCCUACUCCAACCAUCCACCCGUCCCCUAACCUCAGAUUGGCGAGCACCAACAGGUGUCCACAGGCCUCCCAGUACAAACACAUUCCACCCUUUCGUGACUCCCAGCAUGGGCACCCAAUCAGGCUGUGGUUUCGCCCGUGGAGCCAUGACCACAAAGAUACGAAGGGGCGGGAGAGAGAAGCGCUGGACGGACAGAGUGUGCCGCCGGAGGAGCCGUCAUUAGGAGAUAAUCUGGAUUCAGGGGGUACAGAGGAGCCCGAAAGACCGCGCCCUUUUUACGAGGAUGCAAUGGCUGCCGUCAAGGGACAGAUGAGGAUGAAGUUUAACGUGGACACAUUUCUCAUCAUCUGUGGCAUUCUUUGUUUCACCUGCACAGGAGCCUCAGAGACGGAGCGAAGACUCCAUCAGAAGUUGUUCCAGAACUACAACGUGAAAGUCAGGCCGGCACGUCACUGGAAGGAGAGGGUGACUGUGCGCGUGGGGAUGACGCUGUCCCAGCUCAUCGGCUUGAAUGAAAAGAACGGCGAGAUGACAACAAACGUGUUCAUGAAUCUGAACUGGACAGACUACAGGCUGUCGUGGAAACCAGAGGAGUAUGACAACAUCUCGGUGGUGAGAAUUCCUCCCAACAAGGUGUGGCGUCCUGACAUCUACCUCAUAAACAACCAUGACGGACAGUUUGACGUGGCUCUGUACGUUAACGUCUUGGUUUACAGUACUGGGAUGGUCUCUUGGUUGCCACCGGCCAUCUACCGUAGUUCCUGCUCCAUCGAGGUGGCAUAUUUCCCAUUUGACUGGCAAAACUGCAGCAUGGUUUUCCGCUCGUACACCUACGACGCCUCAGAGGUCGACCUGCAGUUCUAUCUCGACGAGAAUGGGUCGGAGAUCCAAGAGAUUGUCAUUGACAAGAACGCCUUCACGGAGAACGGAGAAUGGGCCAUCUGUCACAAACCGAGCAGGAAGAACGUUGGGGACGACCUGUACGAGGACAUCACCUUCUACCUCAUCAUAGAGAGGAAGCCUCUUUUCUACAUCAUCAACAUCAUCGUUCCCUGCAUCCUCACCAGUGUGUUGGCCAUAUUUGUCUUCUACCUGCCUCCUGGAGCAGGGGAGAAGAUGACUCUCUCCAUCUCCGUCCUGAUCGCGCUCACUGUUUUUAUGCUGCUGCUGGCCGACAGAGUGCCCGAAACCUCCCUGGGCAUCCCUAUGAUCGUCAACUACGUCAUGUUCACCAUGAUCCUGGUCACCUUCUCGGUCAUCCUGAGCGUGGUGGUCCUCAACCUGCACCACCGAACACCCAGCACCCACAUCAUGCCGAACUGGGUUAGGAAGGUGUUCAUUCACCUCCUGCCCAGAUACAUCGGUAUGAUGAGGCCAAACCCAGAGGAACCUUUGCUGGAGGAGGAGUCUGAGAAAGAGGACGCGCCAUUCCGAGGUUUCAGUGGACGACAGCCUGGAGGAGAGUACUUUUUUCGAAAGAUCAACCCUGACCUCGUCUUGCCGUGGCGAGGGAGGUGUGAAAGCACAGUGCAGCUCCAGCGGCUCCCGGACUCAGACCGGUUCUGCCUGAUCCUCCCUCCUAACCUGAAGUCCGCCAUCGACGCUGUGACCUACAUAGCCGAGCAGCUGAAGAGGCAGGACACGGACGACUCGAUGACAGGGGACUGGCAGUUCGUAGCCCUGGUGGUGGAUCGUCUCUUCUUAUGGCUGUUUGUCAUCAUCACCACCCUGGGAACCCUGGCAGUGUUCCUCGAUGCUAGUUUUAAUUACACACCCGACAACCCCUUCCCAUAGAGGACGGGAUCGUGCACACAUCCAAACCCUGAAACGGGCUGUAUGGUUUCCUAAGAUCCCCAGGUUGGACUUUAAUCACCUGUUCACUCUGGUUCUGGUCAGCUUGUUUUGUGAAGUAAACCGUACACUGCACAAAGGCAACUAAAAGUAAGUCAAAUCUUGUGGAAAUUAGUGUUUUUGUCCUUGAUUUGAGCAAUUAAACAAGAUUAU